GCCGUUUCAGACAUGAUCGCUGAGAGAAGCAACUAAAAAAAAAAUUCUCCAAACACAAAAAGUGAGCUCAAAUGAUGAAUGUGAAGAGUUCUGAAGUGAGUUCUACUUCUCCCUUAGCCAUGGAAGCUGGCUGGGUGUUUUUCUUAGUCCAACUACCUCGCAGGGUUGUUGUGGGGAAAAUAGGAGGAAGGAGUAUUGUGUUCGCUUCCUUGAAAUAUUUGUAAUAGAAUUCUUUAUUGGCCAAGUGUGAUUGGACACACACAAGGAAUUUGUCUUUGGUGCGUAAUAGUAAUACAGGCAGGAUUUUAAAAAGUCUUUCUCUUACGUACAAACAUACGUACGCCCUCCGCUCCAUAGAAAAUGUAACUGCAGCAACAAUCGCAUUUUGCUAAAGAAUGGCAAUCACGAAAUCCUGAAACUCUCAGUUUGGCAGAGAUGCUCGGAAAGUCGCAAAAACAACACAAACAUCAAACCAGUGUAGUAGGCGUGGCUUUCUGGCAUCAACCAAAGCGCGCGUUUUCAAAUCCAGAAGCUUUCCAAUGGAAAUUGCCUUCCUGGAGCCAGCCAAUCAAGAGAGAAAGCGGGACUCGCUAUAAAUUAGGCAGCGGGCGACUCAACCUUUCCUUAAAGGCUUCUUCCCUCGUCCUCGUUUGGGGCGAACGGAGAGAUGGCUCGGACGAAGCAGACGGCUCGGAAGUCAACGGGCGGCAAAGCGCCCCGCAAGCAGUUGGCGACCAAGGCUGCCCGGAAGAGCGCGCCAGCUACGGGCGGCGUGAAGAAGCCUCACCGUUACCGCCCGGGCACCGUGGCCCUGCGAGAGAUCCGCCGCUACCAGAAGUCCACCGAGCUGCUGAUCCGCAAGCUGCCCUUCCAGCGGCUGGUGCGUGAGAUCGCCCAAGACUUCAAGACCGACUUGCGCUUCCAGAGCUCGGCCGUGAUGGCGCUGCAGGAGGCGAGCGAAGCGUACCUGGUGGGGCUGUUCGAGGACACGAAUCUGUGCGCCAUUCACGCCAAGAGGGUGACCAUCAUGCCGAAGGACAUUCAGCUGGCGCGGCGCAUCCGCGGGGAGAGAGCUUAAGUCCAGCGGCCCUCCAGUUUCUUCAGCCUGUUCCAAAAAAUAACACCAUACCCAAAGGCUCUUUUAAGAGCCGCCACCUUCGUCUCGAGAGGAGCUUGAGCCCAUUUAUCAAACAAAUCCCGAGGCGGUUAAGGAGGGUUAAGUAAAUGCUGUUGCCCCCAUACAGUGUACCUACAUUGUAGCACGAAGCAGGAGAAGAAGGGUGAAUUUUGAAGUAAUUCUGUCCGCUUAGUUUAUUUGGACCCCUGAUCUGGACAUAAGUUUCCAUUAUGUGAACCGCCAUUUUGGGAUUGGGAAAAUUUUGUAUUUGUGUGGAGAUUUAUCACUGACCAGAGGAAUUUGUUUCUUGUAGCUUUGGAAGGAGGGUUACUUCAUCUCAAUUGUGCAGGAGUCCACCAAUUCCUGCACUUGCCUAAGGGUAGUCUCGAAGUUUCUGAUCCUUCUCAGAUGAGUGAAAAAGGAGAAGGUAAAUUUAACUUCCUGCCCAACCGUUGAAAACGAACCUCAAUUCAACUUUCCCCAGGAACUCUUAGAUAGGAGUUUGCAUGUAGGGAACAGUGCCUCCUGAAUUUUGGAUAAAGAGCAAGGUAGUCACAUUCCUAGCAAUCUUUACAUCUUGAAUCCAUACACAUGUUUCUGAACCCUUUGGGAACUGUGUCCUGUUUGUUAAACAGUAAAACAUCUCAAAACCUGCUUUCAUUAAUAUUUUAAUUUGAAAUUUUAAGACACUGCAAACCUCUAUGUCCCAAAUAUGCUUUUUCAAGACGUGUUUUCUUUUGGGUUUUUUUGUUGUUCUGUUUUUCUUUGAAGUUUUGUUCAUCCAGGAAGCGCCAUCAGUUCUGACUGGUGAAUUGGAAGGAUUUAUAUUCCUUGCAGGAAUAUACUAUAAAAUGUAUUCCCUAGAUAACUUCAAGAAAAGCCAACUACAAGACUUUAAAACCUGGCUACGUGUUUCAGUUUUUCUUUAAUUAUCCCUUUCUCCAUUCUUAAAAAAAAAAAACACCCUCACAUUAUUCACAAAUUCCUAGAUAUUGAUAUAACCCACCCACAAUUCACUAUAGGUACUCCUUGAUUUACAACCACAAUUGGGAUCACAAUUCUUAUUGCUAAGCAAGGCAGUUAAGUGAGUCAUGCCCAAUUUUACAAUCUGUUUUGCCAUGGCUGCUAAGGGAAUCACUGCAGUUAAGUGAAUCAUAGUGUUGCUAGCAAAUCUUGUCUCGUCACAUUGACUUAGCUUGUUGCAAGCUGGCUGGGAGGAUUGCAAAUGGUGAUCAUGGUACCCAAGGAUGCUUGCAACUGUCCUAAACACAUCCCACUUGCUAAAUUACCAAAUUCUGAUCACAUGAUCAUGGGAAUACUGUAAUAAUGUGAGGACUGGUGGUAAGUCACUUCUUUCAAUGCCAUUGAAACUGAACCAGGGGUGAAAUGUAAAAUCUGUUACUACCAGUUCUGUGGAUGUGGCUUGGUGAUCGUGGGGUAAUGUGACUGGUGGGCAUGGCCAACCUUUUUUUUUUUACUUUUAAAAGCAUUUUUUCUACAACCUCUUCAGGAAGAGGUAGAAAAAAUGCU